UAUUUAUUUUUAAUUUCUUGCAUUCUCCAGAUUUGACCCAUUCUCUCGUUUUUAGUUUUCCAAAUCUUCGACGAGUGAAAGGUAAACCGAGAGAAAAAUCCACAUCCGCCCUUUGCAUCCGUCGCUCCAUGCUGCCCUUUUCUCCAAAAUUAUCAGAAUUUUCGGCUAUUUGAUUCGCGAGGACUGGGUUUCUCAUUGCUUUUGGGGAUUGUAAAAAUUAUGGUCUCUCGGCUGUAAAGCAUGAAUCAAGUGUAGACUUCCAAUUGAUGUUCAAAUUGUUAUUCACAAGCUAGAUUCAGGCGGGGAUUAUAAUGGAAUCGAUGUUUUCAAGUAUAGUGAAAUCUACGUUAGACUGGGUAACCUUGAUUCUUGAUGCUCCUUCUGCUCGAGCAGUUAUCUUUGGUGUGCAUAUUGGAGGACAUUUGUUUGUGGAGGUUCUCCUUUUGGUGGUCAUACUUUUCCUGCUUUCCCAGAAGAGUUACAAGCCUCCCAAGCGGCCCCUAACAAAGAAGGAAAUAGAUGAGUUAUGUGAUGAAUGGGUUCCUGAACCCCUUAUUCCAUCUCUCACAGAAGAGAUGGAGAGUGAACCGCCAGUGCUGGAAAGUUCUGCUGGACCACAUUCAAUUAUCAAUGGAAAAGAAGUAGUGAAUUUUGCUUCUGCAAAUUUUCUUGGAUUGAUAGGCCACGAGAAGUUACUUGAAUCAUGUACCCAUGCAUUGGAGAAAUAUGGGGUUGGUUCAUGUGGUCCUCGUGGGUUUUAUGGGACAAUUGAUGUACACCUUGAUUGUGAGGCCAGGAUAGCAAAAUUUUUGGGAACUCCAGACUCAAUUCUGUAUUCUUAUGGACUUUCUACUAUGUUUAGUGCAAUUCCGGCCUUUUGUAAAAGAGGGGAUGUCAUUGUAGUGGAUGAGGGUGUUCAUUGGGGAAUACAAAAUGGGCUAUAUCUAUCCAGGAGCACAAUUGUAUAUUUCAAGCACAACGAUAUGAAAUCCUUGAGAGAUACUCUUGAGAAAAUUACUGCUGGAAAUGAAAGGGCUAAGAAACUACGACGCUAUAUUGUGGUUGAAGCAGUGUACCAGAAUUCUGGUAAAAUUGCACCAUUGGAUGAGAUCAUCAAAUUGAAGGAGCAGUAUCGAUUUCGUGUUUUAUUGGAUGAAAGCAACUCCUUUGGCGUACUUGGCUGUACUGGAAGAGGUCUCACAGAACACUGUGGGGUUUCUGUGGAUAAGAUAGAUAUAGUAACUGCUGCAAUGGGGCAUGCAUUGGCUACAGAAGGAGGAUUCUGCACAGGAAGUGCUAGAGUCAUUGAUCACCAGCGUCUGAGCAGUUCGGGUUAUGUUUUUUCUGCUUCAUUGCCCCCAUAUCUGGCCAGUGCUGCCAUUACUGCCAUAGAUCUUAUAGAGGAAAAUCCCAUUCUAUUAACAAAGCUGAAAAAAAACAUAGCUAUUUUAUGGCAAGGAUUGUCAGAUGUACCGGGACUUAAACUAGUAAGCGAUCAAGAAUCACCCAUUGUCUUUCUCAUGUUAGAUAAAUCUACGGGUUCGAUACAAAAUGACCUAGAACUCCUUGAAAACAUUGCUGAACAUGCCCUCAAGGAAUUCUCUGUAUUUGUUGUGACUUCUAAAAGAUCGACACUCGACAAAUGCCGUUUGCCAGUAGGAAUCAGGUUGAUGGUGUCUGCUGGCCAUUCUGAAUCUGAUUUGCUGAAGGCCACAGAAUCAUUAAGAAGUGUUGCAGCUGUGGUGCUCAAGGAUCACAAAUAGGUGUGUAUGUUCACAAUGGUCAGCAACGUUGAAUAGCCUGGCGCAGGGCUGACAAAGAUGUUGCUGUUGUUAUUUAAUAGUUGUUUCAAGGUUAGAUUUGUAAUUUCCUUCUACCCUUCUAUUUUAUUCUGCCAAUUAGGGGUUUAUUAGGAUCAAUAAUCAUCUUGGCACGUCCAGUUUUAACUGCUUUUGUUGUUUGGGGAGAGGGAGAAUAAUUUAUCAUCUACACUCGAGAAUGUUUGCUUGUUAGAAUUUUUGCUGUAGGCUGAUAUUACUUCAAUUGCUUUGGUAGUUAAGGAAGCUUGUAGAUUUUCUGACUUUUUCAUAUUAUUCAUUUUGAAGUCUUAAUAUUCUAGUUUCUGUGUA